AUGAUGACAGCAAGUAAUGGAAGCGCAUCAAAUACAGCUGUGGUAGCAGCACUGUCACAUCAAGCACAGUACUGCGGUCCGUACAAAAUUGAAAAAACACUGGGAAAAGGUCAAACGGGUAUCCAGCGUAUUCCUGUGCGUUACUAUGAAACUCAAAGUAAAAUUAGCAUAGGAUAUACAGCUCAACAUGAAUUUUUGUCUCUUAAUAAAGUUAAUGAAUGA